GACCGCAGAUGUUCAUUUCGCCGAGCCGAAAUCUGCUAGAAGCAAACCGAGUCUAUGUAUGCAGACUCGUAUGGGACUAUGCAUCUCACUCGCAAUUUUUUUCUGGUUCAAAUAGUCAAUGAACUAAGCAGACCAGACCCAGCUGCUAUCGCAUUGGUGUCAAUAGGAGAGCCACCAUGUUAUAUAAGCAGACUGGAACUGACUUUUUAUAAAAUAUUUAUUGUUAUCGUAAACGGCCUGAGUAAACGAUCUUCAUUUAUCCACCAUCUUUGGUUAAAAAAAAAAACAACACAGAUUUUAGCCAACCUUUGGAGCAGCAGCAGGCACAACCCAGCUGUCGCCUUUUCUCUGAUUGCGGUCAUUACCCUAAUUAUGGGAGUCGCCAGGGAAGGUGCGUCGUUUGAAGAGGAAGAGAAACGCCUUGUCAUGAUGAAACCUUUGACUAACCGUCAGCAGGGUUAAUGUGUGUUUCAUCCAAACACAAACCCAGGUGUUAGUGCCACUGCUAAACGCAUGCCCAGGAGUAGAUACAGGUGUUAGUGCCACUGCCAAACGCAUGCCCAGGAGUAGAUACAGGUGUUAGUGCCACUGCCAAACGCAUGCCCAGGAGUAGAUACAGGUGUUAGUGCCACUGCUAAACGCAUGCCCAGGAGUAGAUACAGGUGUUAGUGCCACUGCCAAACGCAUGCCCAGGAGUAGAUACAGGUGUUAGUGCCACUGCCAAACGCAUGCCCAGGAGUAGAUACAGGUGUUAGUGCCACUGCCAAACGCAUGCCCAGGAGUAGAUACAGGUGUUAGUGCCACUGCCAAACGCAUGCCCAGGAGUAGAUACAGGUGUUAGUGCCACUGCCAAACGCAUGCCCAGGAGUAGAUACAGGUGUUAGUGCCACUGCCAAACGCAUGCCCAGGAGUAGAUACAGGUGUUAGUGCCACUGCCAAACGCAUGCCCAGGAGUAGAUACAGGUGUUAGUGCCACUGCCAAACGCAUGCCCAGGAGUAGAUACAGGUGUUAGUGCCACUGCCAAACGCAUGCCCAGGAGUAGAUACAGGUGUUAGUGUCAACUCCAUGUCAAGUAGACACUCACCAACCAUGAGGCCUGACAAUAACAACAACAACAACAGUGUGCUGGAUGGAGACGGAGUGGAGGACGGGUCUGUACCAAUCAGCAGGCCCCGUCAGCCCCAGUGCCGCUCUCUCUCCUCCGGCCGGGCGCGUCACAGCCACCGCCGCAGCAGCAGAACAGACAAGCAGCCUCACACCUGUCCUCUCUGUUCCAAAACGUUCAUCUCCUCCUCUCACCUGGCCCUACACCUGCGCUCCCACAGCGGGGAGAGGAAGUAUAAGUGUGGCGUGUGUGGGAAGCUCUUCCUACAGUCAGCCCACCUGAUGCGCCAUAAGACCACCCACACAGGGGACAGGCCCUUUAAGUGUCCAGACUGUGGAAAGGGCUUCGGUCGCGCUUCUCACCUGAAGACACACCGACGCCUCCACACAGGGGAGAAGCCAUUCCAGUGCUCUGUCUGUGACAAAGCUUUCACCCAGAAGGCUGGGCUGAUCAUGCACCACCGCCUGCACACUGGAGAGAGGCCCUACAGGUGUGAUCACUGUGGUAAAGCCUUCCGCUCCUCCACACACCUGCUGGCCCAUCAGGCCCUGGAGUCAGCCAAACAGAGCUUCACCUGUGACAGGUGUGAUCAGAGUUUCAAGUCAGCCUCGUCCCUCAGACAGCAUGUUAAGACACACAGCAGCACCAUGGAGGACCUCUGCUGUGGGGUCUGCUGCCGGUCCUUCGUCCGCUCCUCCUACCUGCAGCUGUACAUGAGGCUCCACAGAGGACAGAGGCCCUACCACUGCAGGGUCUGCAAUAAGACUUUUGCUAAGAUGACCACCUUCCAGAGACACUGUGACAAACACCUGAGGAGGAACGGGGACAUGGACCAGGGGCAGGAGGAGGAAGAGGAGGAGGAUGUCAAACCUACAUUGCCCCCACCCUCCAACCCUCCUUCUCCUGCCCUUCUACCUCCUCCUGUUCCUCCAUCCACCCUUCCUCUCUUGUCUGAGGUCAAUACACGCUCUAAAACUAGAGCCAAAAUUAGGAUAGAAUGACUGUUCUGGACUUGGAGUAUAACAAUGGAGAAAUAACAUAAGUGACAAACAUGUGCUAUUACUUGCAACAGUCAUAUUAUGUAUAUUUACUGAUAGGGUAUUACAAAUUACCUAAAGUUUUUAAUUACACAAACUGUACUGUAAUGUGGUUAAUGGUAUUGUUACAUUUUAAGCAUGCUUUUGUAUUUACUAAUGCACACUUAGACUUUCCCUGUGUGACUUCAACACUCUAAAAUGUGCUAUACAAUCCUGAUGCUUUUCAUACCAUGGUCCAUAUCGUACAGUACCAUACUAUACCAUAACGUAAAGUUUGUAUGAUCAUAUCACUCUGUCCUUGGACCAAGUAUUAACUUUUUUAUAACAAUAAAUGUUGAUUGGACAGGUUACAGUA